CGAUAAACCCCACCAAAGAAGAAGAAUAGCAGCUCGAGUCGAGAGCUCAACUCGGAACCGUCUUUCAGCGAAUAAUAACGUUCUACUCUUUGCUAUCAGAGCUAUCGUUUUCUUCGAGAAAAUACACAUUUGUAUGCUAUAGCUAUUAAUAUGCUUAGGCAUAUUAUCUUUAGCCUUCAGAAAAGAGACUUCAGACGGACAGCUUUUUUGAGCGCUCUACGAAAAGGAAAAAUAUACGGGAUUCCGAACGUUCGAUUCAUUCUGUAGCGAAACAAUUGGCUACAAUCUAUUGUUUGAUUCGGGGCGUGUUUUCAACCAAACGGAUACAGUUUAGUUUACGUCAAUUGUUUGGAACGUUGGUGAUCGUCAACUAUCACAACGGGAAAUCAAUCUGAUUAGCAACAGUUGCUGUUGAGCGAUUGCUGUCAUCUCUGAAACUAGUAGGCCUACGUGCAUUUCCCUACUAUUUUCUGAACGCUUCAAUUCAUUGAUCAAAAACAUCAACCAGUGACGUAAAAAGUUGGUGAAAACAAGAUAAGAAACACGUCAUCAGACUAAAGGUCCAAAUAGGGGAUUUCAGAAGUCAGAGCACAUGGAAUCUACAAAAGCAGGGGGUGUAAUAGCCUACAUCAGCUCCUCCAGCCCUGACUCAUGUCAUAGUGACUCAAACGACUGCUACAACUCCUCUUCCCUGCCACACAACUCCUCCCACAUCUGUCGCCAGGGCAAUGUGGUGGACACGCCCCUAACCACGGCAGGUCUCCCACUGGCCCAUACUACAGCAAAGACCAGUGCAAAAUGCAGCAUUACUAAAAUCAACGGCCUGGUGCUGCUGUGUAAGGUGUGUGGAGAUAUUGCAUCUGGAUUCCACUAUGGGGUCCAUGCCUGUGAGGGCUGCAAGGGUUUCUUCCGUCGGAGCAUCCAGCAGAACAUCCAGUAUAAGAAGUGCCUGAAGAACGAGAGCUGUGCCAUCAUGAGGAUCAACAGGAACCGCUGCCAGCAGUGUCGCUUCAAGAAGUGUCUGCUGGUCGGCAUGUCCAAGGACUCUGUGCGUUUCGGCCGCAUCCCAAAGCGUGAGAAGCAGCGAAUGCUGCUAGAGAUGCAGAGUGCCGUGAACAACAUGAUGAACAACAGCCAGCUACACAGCCAGCUCCACGGCAACACACCCCUCCCCCUGGCCAAUCAGCUUCAGGUGCCUGCCUGCCCUGGGGAGCCCCGCCCCCAAGAUGUUGACUCUGGUUUAGGCUCAUCCUCUUCCUCCACCUCUCCCGCCGCUUCCCCCGGGUCCAACCAAUCAGAGGAGCCCAAACAUCACCCAGAGUCUGCAGUCGCCAUGGAUACAAACCGAAGCCCUAUAUCGGUGUCUCCAAGUGGUUCAGACCGCGGGUCAGAGGAUGGGAUUGGCUCGGUGACCCGGGCCCACCAGGAGUCCUUCAUGUACAAUCAGAAGCAAGGUAGCCCCUCCCCCCAGUCCCAGGCUGAUGCCCAGCCGACCUCCCCGGGGGAGGAGCAACGUGUCAGUGACACUGGAAAGAGGAUAGAGGAGAGGAACUGGAACCAGCAGGAGGCCUGGAACCAGAAGAACCAGAACCAGCAGAAUGACCUGGCCUCAUUCACAGCCACUCAGGCCCACGACCAGGCUCAGAAGAGGCCCACCAACACUGGUGCUCAGGGCCCUGACAGGCACCAUUGCCAGGAGGAUGACACCACCACCCCCAGCCAUUGCCCCUACAGCAGAGGUGCUCCCAACCCCACCCAGAAUCACUGUCUCUACAGUAGAGACAGACUGCCCAACAGCUCCCCUAGUGGCUAUUUCCCAGCCUACACCCACCAUGGAGGCAACAACAGCACUAGCCAGGCCACCUCCAACUCCCAUGGAGGAUUCACAGGACCACUGUGGAGCGGGGGCAACAGGAUGCAUCUGCUGUGUCCCAUGAACACAUCUCCCCAUGUGAAUCCCCAUAAGUCAGGCCAUGGGAUCUGGGAGGAGUUCAGCCACAGUUUCACUCCGGCCGUCAGGGAGGUGGUGGAGUUUGCCAAGCGGAUCCCAGGCUUCAGCGACCUCUCCCAACACGACCAGGUCAGCCUGCUCAAGGCUGGUACCUUUGAGGUGCUAGUGGUCCGUUUUGCGUCGCUGUUUGAUGUGAAAGACCGCACCGUGACAUUCCUGGGUGGUACCAAGUACAGCGUGGAGGCGUUACGAGCCAUGGGCGCCGGCGACUUCCUGACCUCCAUGAUGGACUUCAGCGAAAAUCUGAUAGGGCUCGGCCUUAGCGAGGAGGAGAUGAGCCUGUUCACCACCGUUGUCCUCAUCUCUGCCGAUCGCUCAGGGAUUGAGAAUGUGAACUCUGUGGAGGCGCUUCAGGAAACUCUGAUCCGGCACCUGAAGGGCCUCGUCACUAAGAACCACACCAACGAGUCGGCCAUAUUCACCAAGCUGCUCCUCAGACUGCCCGAACUGCGCUCCCUUAAUAACAUGCACUCUGAGCAGCUGCUGGCCUUCAAGAUCCAUCACUAGACCAGAACCAAGUUCUGAACCUGGGGAGUAUUCAUUAGGCACCAAAUGGAACAUUUACUGAGAUGGGGAGGUACCACAUGAACUUGCCCAAUAAUAAAUGCUUGUUUUUUUCCCCCGUUGCAAAACCUUUUGCUAUGGUGUGCCCUAAUGAAUAUGACCAUGGACAUUGGGUCUGAGGCCUGUGGUUGUGGACCACAAAGCCCAUUUCUCCACCCACCCUGACACACCUCGACCAUCUACACUAAUGAACUAUGAACCCUGACCUCCAAGAGAACCCUCAUCACGCCCCUCACUUCACGUGAUCAUUUCCCUUCACAAACAAGUUGAAGUAGUCAGCAAAUGUGUCAAGAUCAAAGGGGAGGGAGGGGAAAUACUUAAGACUUCAAAGUUAUCGUACUGUAAGGCUGAAAAGGCUUCUGUUGUAAUAACCAUGAAUGCACACGUUCAGACACAAGCGGAAGAUAUUAUGUUUAUUUGUCUUGUUUCUGUGUCCGUGUUGUUGUGUAGGAAGUUUGCAACUGUACAACCCUUAGAGAAGAACCUUUUUAUAUGUUUUAUUUUGGCAUAUUUUUGGUGCAAUAUGAUAUGUGAUUUGAUUAUUUACACUUUUCGUUUAGGUCUUACACCAUGGCUCUCCAACCCUGUUCCCGGAGAGCUACCACCCUGUAGGUUUUUGCUCCAACCCUCUUCAUGGAGAGCUACCACCCUCUAGGUUUUUGCUCCAACCCUGUUCCUGGAGAGCUACCACCCUGUAGGUUUUUGCUCCAACCCUGUUCCUGGAGAGCUACCACCCUGUAGGUUUUUGCUCCAACCCUCUUCCUGGAGAGCUACCACCCUGUAGGUUUUUGCUCCAACCCUCUUCCUGGAGAGCUACCACCCUGUAGGUUUUUGCUCCAACCCUGUUCCUGGAGAGCCACCACCUUGUAGGUUUUUGCUCCAACCUUGUUCCUGGAGAGCUACCACCCUGUAGGUUUUUGCUCCAACCCUGUUCCUGGAGAGCUACCACCCUGUAGGUUUUUGCUCCAACCCUGUUCCUGGAGAGCUACCACCCUGUAGGUUUUUGCUCCAACCCUCUUCAUGGAGAGCUACCACCCUCUAGGUUUUUGCUCCAACCCUCUUCAUGGAGAGCUACCAUCCUGUAGGUUUUUGCUCCAACCCUGUUCCUGGAGAGCUACGAUCCUGUAGGUUUUUGCUCCAACCCUCUUCCUGGAGAGCUACCACCCUGUAGGUUUUUGCUCCCAACCCUCUUCCUGGAGAGCUACCACCCUGUAGGUUUUUGCUCCAACCCUCUUCCUGGAGAGCUACCACCCUGUAGGUUUUUGCUCCAACCCUCUUCCUGGAGAGCUACCACCCUGUAGGUUUUUGCUCCAACCCUCUUCCUGGAGAGCUACCACCCUGUAGGUUUUUGCUCCAACCCUCUUCCUGGAGAGCUACCAUCCUGUAGGUUUUUGCUCUAACCCAACCCUAAUCUAGCACACUUGAUUCUAAUAAUUAGCUGGUUGAUAAGGUGAAUCAGGUUAGGUACAAAAACCUACAGGAAGGUAGCCUUCCAAGAACAAGGUUAGAGAGCUUUGUUCUACACCUUGGGUGUAUUUAAAAUAAACAUGUAUAUAUUUAUAAUUGUAGGCAGACUAAUCUAGAAGAAUGUUGUGCUUAUUGCCUGAAAUGACAGGGUGAUUCUAAAGGGGGUUAGGGCUCGUUAAUUAAACUCCAAACCAUCUAGUUGAAAGUAAACUGACAAUGAAUGAAUGACUACAGAGGAGGUUUGUCUCCUCUCUAAUCUAUAGGUGUUGAAUGACAUUAGGGGGGAUGUUGUAAAAGCAUAGAUGGACGUAUGUAAUCAGGGUAACCGCUGCUGCGUUAUCUCUGUCUCGGUGUGGCCUGAUCUAAGUGACCUGAGGAAGGGCUUUGAUUGAAUGUUUAUUUGUAUAGAGGAAUCUCUUAUUUCAAGCUUACGGUUUCAGCUGAUGGUGCUGUGUGUUACACGCAUAUAGGAGGUUUGUUGUAAAUUAUGUUCUUGUAAAUUAUAAUGUUCUUGUAAGGUUAUGAACUAACUGAAGUCCAUCAUUGACAAACACGGUCCAGUCACUUAAUUAUUAUAGUGUAUGGUAAUAGACCGCAUUUGUAUAAUAUGAGUGCAAAUGGACAGGAAAUCAAAUGCAUUGAGGUUAUUCGAACUGACAAAGGUUAACGUUGGUAACCAAUAAAACCUAUCGACUCAACACA